AUGCAUAAAAAGAAAAGCACACAGUACAUCAAUUUCAAAGGAUGUUAUACAACAAAGAAGGGUGAAACCCCUGAGCUUAAAGAAGAGCUUAAUUCUCAGUACAAGUAUAAGAGAAAAGAUGCAGUGAAAAAAAGUGAUUGCUGCUAUGACUGUUGGAAAGGAUGUUUCUUCGUUGCUCACAGACGUGGUGAAUUGUAUGUAGACAGAAAAUUUGGAGCUGAAAAAGAUUCUCAAGAUCCAAAUCCUUUAAUUCUUGCCUUAGCUGUGCGAAUAAUGGGUUUCAUUCGUGUGGAUAAAAUCACCGAGUAUCUAUGUGAUCCCCUUCAAAGAUUCCUAAAGGACGAUGAUCCAUAUGUUCGCAAGACAACAUCCAUUUGUGUAGAAAAGCUUUAUGACAUAAAUGCACAAUUAGUUGAGGACAGGGGAUUUUUGGAAUCACUGAAGGAUUUGAUAUCUGAUAAUAAUCCAAUGGUUGUAGCUAAUGAUGUUGUGGCACUUGCUGAAAUUCAGGACAAUAGCAGUAGACCCAUCUUUGAGAUCACUAGCCACACACUGUCAAAGCUCCUCACUGCGUUAAAUGAAUGUACAAAAUGGGGUCAAGUUUUUAUAUUGGAUGCUCUCUCUAGAUACAAGGCUGCUGAUGCACGUGAGGCAGAAAACAUUGUAGAAAGAGUUACCCCAAGAUUACAGCAUGCCAAUUGUGCAGUUGUACUAUCAGCUGCUAAGAUGAUCCUUCAACAAAUGGAGCUCAUCACCAGUACUGAUGUGGUCCGAAAUAUUUGCAAAAAAUGGCCCCUCCUCUUGUGA